CAUCACGAAGUUUGCGAGAAUGGUUAUCAUGCUGUCUCUGUCUUCACUUUAUCUUUCUAAGAUGCUUAUAGUUGCCCGUAAGCACUUAUGCUGACCAUUUCUUCAUUGUGUUCUUUAAUUCAUUGUAGUCCUCUUUUCUUUUUGGGGCAGGUACUAAGGAUAUCUCUGGAGAAGAAGCAGAAUGUCUGAUCUAGAAGUUCCUUUGACUGAGCGCCCCAAGAGGAAGAAGAUUUGGGUGGAUUACUUUGUUAACUUCAGAUGGAUUAUAGUCAUCUUUGUUGUCCUUCCAAUCUCUUUCACCCUCUACUUCCUCACUUAUCUUGGCGAUGUCAAGUCUGAGAUGAAGUCCUACAAGAAGCGUCAAAAGGAACAUGAUGAAAAUGUCAAGAAAGUCGUUAAGCGACUUAAGGAAAGAAACCCAUCAAAGGAUGGUCUCGUCUGUACUGCUCGUAAACCCUGGAUUGCAGUUGGCAUGCGGAAUGUUGACUACAAAAGAGCAAGACACUUUGAAGUCGACCUAUCUGCAUUCCGAAACAUCCUUGAAAUUGACAAGGAGAGAAUGAUUGCUAAGGUUGAGCCACUUGUCAACAUGGGACAGAUAAGCAGGGCCACAGUGCCAAAGAAUCUUUCCCUUGCAGUGGUUGCUGAGCUGGACGAUCUCACUGUGGGUGGACUCAUCAAUGGUUAUGGGAUAGAAGGAAGCUCUCACAUCUAUGGCCUGUUCUCCGACACUGUCGUGGCUUAUGAGAUUGUUCUAGCUGAUGGUCAGGUCGUCAGAGCCACCAAGGACAAUGAGUACUCCGAUUUGUUCUAUGCCAUCCCUUGGUCUCAGGGAACUCUUGGGCUUCUUGUAUCCGCUGAGAUCAAGCUUAUCCAUAUCAAAGAGUACAUGAAGCUCACCUACCAUCCUGUCAAGGGUAGCCUCAAAGAUCUGGCACAGGGUUAUAUCGACUCUUUUGCACCCAAAGAUGGAGAUCAGGAUAAUCCUGACAAGGUCCCAGAUUUUGUGGAGGCUAUGAUUUAUAACCCUCAUGAAGGUGUGAUGAUGACUGGCAGAUAUGCAUCCAAAGAAGAGGCGAAACAAAAGGGAAACAAGAUCAACAGCGUCGGUUGGUGGUUCAAGCCGUGGUUCUACCAACAUGCGCAGACAGCAUUGAAGAAAGGGGAGUUUGUGGAGUACAUUCCUACUAGGGAAUACUAUCACAGGCAUACCAGGUGUUUGUAUUGGGAAGGCAAGCUCAUUCUCCCAUUUGCUGACCAGUUUUGGUUUAGGUAUCUCUUGGGCUGGCUGAUGCCUCCUAAGGUCUCUCUGCUCAAGGCCACACAAGGUGAAGCAAUCAGAAACUACUACCAUGAGAUGCAUGUUAUCCAGGAUAUGCUUGUUCCUCUGUACAAGGUCGGUGAUGCGUUGGAAUGGGUCCACCGUGAGAUGGAGGUAUACCCUAUAUGGCUCUGCCCUCACAAGCUAUUCAGGCUCCCUAUUAAGACCAUGAUCUACCCCGAGCCAGGAUUCGAGACCCACCGCAGACAAGGAGACACCUCAUAUGCUCAGAUGUACACGGAUGUCGGAGUGUACUACGCACCGGGUCCUGUCCUGAGAGGCGAGGUAUUUGAUGGAGCUGAGGCUGUUCGCCGGAUGGAGCAGUGGUUGAUCGAGAACCACGGUUUCCAGCCACAGUACGCCGUCUCGGAGCUGAAUGAGAGGAGCUUCUGGAGAAUGUUUGAUGGUGGGCUGUACGAGGAGGCCAGGAAGAAGUACAAAGCUGUGGGCACAUUCAUGAGCGUGUACUACAAGUGUAAGAAAGGGAGGAAGACCGAGAAGGAGGUUCAGGAAGCAGAGCAAGCCCAGGUGGAGACUCCUUAUGCCGAGCUCGACCCGUAGAGGCCUGGGACGGGACACAUUGUUCCUGAAAACUGAAAAGCUUCGGAUUUCGGCUUGAUCGUUGAAGUUUGUGUUUCGUCUAGCUUUUAAUUGAUCUGAAAGGCUGUGUGUGUGCCUUGAGUUCGUCUGCAGACUCUAGUUGUUCCCCAACCUCUAAUCCUUCUUAGUUGCUGACUCUCAGGCUUACUGUACUGUGUUUUACCGAAUGUUGUGUACUCUUUUAGUUUCUUAGUUUGUGGUGAAGCUUGAACUUUGAUGAAAAGUCUUCUGAUUUUGUGAAUCCACCCCUUGUCUUGCUCCAGUUUACAUAUCUUGCGUUUCUGUGAGAACAGUUGCUAAGCGAUAUAAUUUUGCGG